AACAAUCUUUGAAUCAGUGACGUUCCCGCAGAUUGAAGGCUAUAGGUAACGUUAUGCCUCCCGAUCAGGUUUAACAGAGAGAGGGUUUGCAAAAGGAAAAAUGGAAACCGUAUAUCUGUAAACAGACAAAAGCCGAAAGACAGUAGACAUGAGAGUCGCCACUGUGGCCUUUUACGGGUGUGCAAUGGGUCUUCUGGCGAUGGGCCUGCGAGAAUUGUUGUCGGGAUUUGAAGAGAAUAGAUGCACCAUGACCUAUAUGUUCGAGUACCCCGAGUACCGGGUGAGUAGUUUACCUAUUGAUCUCAAACAAAUGGCACCGUGCGCGAUUUGGUUUCGGUUCGGCGUAAUCGCUCGGCACUGUCAACAACACUCGGAACGUUGCUAGAAAAUGCGUAACAUUAUUUUAGUGUCCCACCUUUUCAGGACCAGCUACCAUUUUUUCUCUCUCCAGCUGUCAAUGUCCAGCUGUCAUUUUGAUAGCCAUAAUAUGGAUAGCUAUAAAUUAGCCCAUGACCGAUAUAUAAUUCUGAAGCUCGAGCUACCUGUUGUUGUUGAACACCUGCAUUAGGCUUCCAAUUUCAACAUCGCACCUCAUGCAUGAUUUUCAGAGUGACAAGGCUACACAGGGCUAUUUCCUUGUUGAGGAUGUCAAUGGACUGUGUCAUGCACACCAACUACGUUUCAUAUUUUACCAUGGAAUUGUACAUUAUUUCCACUAUCUCUAGCUACAAUAGAGAGGUGGCACGGUAGGCAGUUACUGUAUGUUGAGGAUGCUGAGUGGGUGUGUGGUGUCAUCAUUGUAUGUUACAUCAGGGCUCAGUAGAUCACACCUUGUGUUCGAAGCUGCAGUUGAUCCAUGAUAAGUACUAUAAGGUGAUUAUCCCAUUUAGUGCUUGGCACAACCAUAUGGCACUGUCUGAACUCACCAUGGUGCUGAUAAAAUAUGAAGAAUUAGGCCAAUGUAUUAUUAGUAGCUACUAUAUUUAUUACUCAAAAUUGUUCUCUGAUCUGAUUUGCUCAAUCAAGGGUCAGUAUCAGCCAUGUGGUGCCACACCUCUCCUGUCCCUCAGGGUAGUGAUGCUUUCUCACGGUACUGUUUUUUCUUCUUCUCCGUGAUGUGUUCAUCUGCCUAGAAGUGUGGCUCAGCUGUACCCAGCAUAUGGCUCUACCUCUAGUGAGGUAUGUGUGUAUCCUUAGUGUGUCGCGCUUUAUGCUCGACGAGUAUGAGCUCUCUACCAGGGAUGUGUGUCCUCACUGUGUGUGUGUGUGUGUGUUGACAGCGUGUGGCCCUGCCCCGACGUGUGGCCCGCCAGUACCCAGCGUAUGGGCUCUACCUGUACGGAGAGGGCCAGUAUGCUCAGGACACCCGCGGACUCAAACUAACUGGGGCCCCUGUUCUUUUCCUACCUGGAAACGCAGGAAGCUACAAACAAGGUGAGCCUCUACCACCACUAACCAAACUCAUCCACUUAUCAAACUUACCCUAAUCAAACAUACCCACUCAGGUUAGGGACUAUCACAAGCUAGCUCUCUCUAUUGCUCUAACAAUGGAAGCUAAGAGUCUCUAAUGUACAAUAUCUGCUUCGGUUACAUAUUGUACAUAGGCUGGUGAAAGAUUUCCCAACUGGCAGUGAUUUAAUUUGCAGUUUACAAAUUAUUUGUAAUUAUGUUCCGGCCCCCUGACCAUCCAGCUGAAUUUAGUUGAUGAUCCCUGUCCUAUGCCCACUCUAAUGCAGAUCUAUCUUCUUCUGGUUUGGUUUUGCUAGGGGCUGCUGGUGGGAGUAGAACACCCAUCGCUCUAUUUCUCUCACUCUCAAUCUCGCAUGCAUACGCCCACCCACACACACACGCGCACACAUGCAACAUGCACAUAGAUUGCAAUUUAACCAUUUAUAUGCAUGAUGGUAUUCAGUGUCCUCCAUCAUGGGUUCUGUUGCAUUAGCCUAUUUUACAUGUCAUGGUUGCCAUCAGAAGCACAAACCUCAACCAAGCAAGCCUCAACCCAGGCAUGAUCUUUAGAUGUUUUACAUUCAACAACAUCAGCACUAAGUAGGCUAUGUUUAGGCUACUUUAAAGCCUGUCAAGUCUAAUACCUGAUUUUACAAUAAACAGACUUAAAGGGUUACUUUGAGAUUUUGGCAAUGAAGCCCUUUAUCUACUUCCUCAGUGUCAGAUUAACUCGUGGAUACCCUUUUUAUGUCUGCAUCCAGCAUGAAGGAAGUUGGAGGUAGUUUUGCGAGCCAAUGCUAACUAGCGUUAGUGCAAUGACUGGUAAUAGUAUGUUAACAGCUAGCUGUUACCAUAGACUGCCAUUCAUUGCGCUAACGCUAGUUAGCAAUUGCGCUAACUAGUUAGCAAUUUAUUUUAAACUGUACGCAGAGACAUAAAAAUGGUAUCCACGAAUGAUCCCUUUAAUCAGAGUUGACUUAAACUGUUAACGAACUCAUCAGAAAAAGGAGUGCUACUGUUCGUAGGGAAGUGAAAUGAGGUCCAGGUUCACAGGUCUGUUGAAGGGAUGCUUAAAUCCAUAAUCCACACACUCCCCUCUGAUUUGCUAAUCAGAUUACUUAACUCCAAUGGUAAUUCUAGUCUAUUCAGAGGUCAUCUUGUGUUGAUAUGAGCUUUGUCAACCCUAAUCCUCACACAUGGGGGGACAGCCACUGUUCAGGGAUCUGGUGGAUGAAUGUCAGCGAUGAUGGUCCCAUAAGCAAAAAAUUGAAAUUAAAAGGAAAUUUCACCUUGGCUCUGCCACGGCAUAUAGUCAUUACUAUAUUAACAACAUUACGUUUUUGUCAUAAACAUCAAGAUUAUCGAAACCACAAGCUAGAACGUGCACGUUUUCAUUUCACUAGUAGAAUCGGAAAGUUUAGUCCAGCAUUCAUAGCGAAUGCAGAUGCCACCCUGCUAUGUAGAUGGGGAGUGCCCACAAACUUGGAUGAUGGCGUUAUUUACUUUGAACAACCAACACACAGUCAUCUCAGAACUUCUCUAGGCAAGAUGUUUUUGAAAACAUUUGUUUUUCACUAACGUUUGUCAUCUCAGCUUGUGUGAUGUUCUGUGUCUGGCUGUGCUAAUAACAAACGAGCAAAAAUUAUUUACUGUGCCUUCGGAAAGUAUUCAGACCCCUUCACUUUUUCCACAUUUUGCCUUAUUCUAAAAUUAAUUUAAAAAUAUGUUUUACCUCAUCAAUCUAUACACAUUACCCAUUAAUGACAAAGCAAAAACGGGUUUUGAUAAAUUUUUGCUGCCUUAUUAAAAAUAAAAAACUGAUAUGACAUUUACAUAAGUAUUCAGACACUUUACUCAGUACGUUGUUGAAGCACCUUUGGCAGCGAUUACAGCCUUGAGUCUUCUUGGGUAUGAUGCUACAAGCUUAGCACACCUGUAUUUGGGGAGUUCCUCACAUUCUUCUCUGCAGAUCCUCUCAAGCUCUGUCAGGUUGGAUGGGGAACGUCGCUGCACAGCUAUUUUCAGGUCUCUCCAGAGAUGUUCAAUCGGGUUCAAGUCCGGGCUUUGGCUGGGCCACUCAAGGACAUUGAGACUUGUCCCGAAGCCACUCCUGUGUUGUCUUGGCUGUGUGCUUAGGAUCAUUGUCCUGUUGGAAGGUGAACCUUCGCCCCAGGCUGAGCUCCUGAGCGCUCUGGAGCAGGUUUUCAUCAAGGAUCUCUCUGUACUUUGCUCCGUUCAUCUUUCCCUUGAUCCUGACUAUUCUCCCAGUCCCUGCCGCUGAGAAACAUCCCCACAGCAUGAUGCUGCCACCACCAUGCUUCACCGUAGGGAUGGUGCCAGGUUUCCUCCAGACGUGACACUUGGUUUCCAGGCCAAAGAGUUCAAUCUUGGUUUUAUCAGACUAGAGAAUCUGGUUUCUUAUUAGUCCUUUAGGUGCCUUUUGGCAAACUCCAAGCGGGCCAUCAUGUGCCUUUUACUGAGAAGUAGCUCCAGUCUGGCCACUCUACCAUAAAAGCCUGAUUUGGUGGAGUGCUGCGGAGAUAGUUGUCCUUCUGGAAGGUUGUCCCAUCUCCACAGAGGAACUCUGGAGCUCUGUCAGAGUGACCAUCAGGUUCUUGGUCACCUCCCUGACCAAUGCACUUCUCCCCCGAAUGCUCAGUUUAGCCGGGCGGCCAGCUCUAGGAAGAGUCUUGGUGUUUCCAUACUUCUUCCAUUUAAGAAUGAUGGAGGCCAUUUUGUUCUUGCGGACCUUCAAUGCAGCAGAAAUGUUUUUGGUACCCUUCCCCAGAUCUGUGCCUUGACACAAUCUUGUCUCGGAGCUCUGCGAACAAUUCCUUCGACCUCAUGGCUUGGUUUUUUUCUCUGAUGUGCGCUGUCAACUGUGGGGACCUUUUUAUAUAGACAGGUGUGUGUGCCUUUUCAAAUCAUGUCCAAUCAAUUGAAUUUACCACAGCUGGACUCCAAUCAAGUUGUAGAAACAUCUCAAGGAUGAUCAAUGGAAACAGGAUGCACCUGAGCUUAAUUUCGAGUCUCAUAGCAAAGGGUCUGUACACUAUUUAAUGCUAACUCAAAAAGAGAACUCGGUAUUCAACAAGAAUGUUAUGUGGUAAAAGUAACAAACACAAACACAGUAUGAACAAUGUAGUACAGUUCAGUGUGUCUCAGGUUUAGUAAAGUGCAGGGAACUGUAGCUACAGAUUGUUACACCAGAUAAUGUGAUUUAACCAAAGAUUUUUGGUAUCCAUUACUGGGAGUUACAGGAUAGGUACUGUUUGGGGUAGCACAUAGAAUGUUCCACCAACCUUAGCUUGUAGAUACGGUCUUCGUCCUCGAUUGUGGGAACAGGAGUCUCAAAAUGUCAGUGUCCAGUUGCAGGGGGUCCGUUUGAAUUGAGAAAAUGCUUGUUAUUAAAUAAAUAUUUGUUUUGCUCCAUGAACUAAUCCAACAAAGUGUACGCCACCAUCUUGUCUAUUUCAAGCCUUCUCUCAUUGAUCAAGACAGUUAAUUGUCUAAAUUCUAACUGACCCCCUGCAAAUGGACACAGACAUUUUAUGAGACUCCUGUUUCCACAAAUCGAGGACGAAGACAGCAUCACUAAGGUUGGUCGAAAAUAUUCAGUGCUAUACCGAACAGUACCUAUCCUGUAACUCCCAGUAAUGAAUACCAAAAAUCUUUGGUUAAAUCACAUUAUCUGGUGUAAUAAUCUGUAGCUAAGAGAACUGGUGAUCAGCAGAUGAUGGGAGAGCUGGUCAUGAUGAAAUUGACAUUCACAAAGAAACAUACAGUAUGAUCAGUGUAGUAACGUUCAGGGAAUACUUGUACAGCUGUGGGAGUGUUGUCAUGAUCAAACUGCGAUUCAGCUCCUCUUGAGUCAUCUUCUGCUUGAAAUACAGCAUAAUGUCCAAUCUACCGAGAGGGAUAGAGUUCUGCUACAAUGACACACGCAGGCAAAGGAAUUCUGUUUCUGUAUCUAGAAUCCAUUCCAGGAAGAAGCCAGGCACCACACGGUAUUGUCUGUAAGACAAACAAAUAUAAUAAAUUAUACUCUAUCGUACAGUUUGAACGACAGUUGAACUGUGCCAGCAUAACAUCAACAUUAGGGUAGAAUAGUUGAACAUGCAUACAUGUGCACCGGCACAGAGAUUACAUUUAGAACAAUAUUUAGCCUAAUAGAAAGAAAUAUGGCAUAACCUUAAACCUUUGCUCAGUGACCAGACCGUACAAAUGUACCUAGGUAGGUAGGCAGACAGUAUCUAGCUACAACCAUGUAUAUCAGGCAUGCUUAGGCAAAUAUAUUUAUAGUAAAACCAGCUUAUCAGUUUGAGAUUUACAACUAUAAAGUGUUGUAUUUGCUCCUGUAAGUCGCUCUGGAUAAGAGCGUCUGCUAAAUGACUAAAAUGUAAUGUAAUGUAUUAUUGUUUCUCCUCUUAACUAGCUAACGUAGCUAUCUAGCUGGAUAGCCAAUAAUUGUUAUUUACAUCUGUUUGGAAUCCUAUCUUGCGUCAUGCCUAUAAUUUUCUGAGAUUGAAAUGCAUCCAAGGUCAUAACCAAUGUGAAUUAUCUUGCAUAGCUAGCUAGUAAAAUUAUUUACAGUUGCUAAUGUUACAUGUUUGCUAACAAGUUACAAACGCGAGGCGUGGCGCAUAACAAGUUAGCAGGCGCCAGACUAACUAGCUAGUCAACUCCAGCCAUGUGGGAAUGUUUGCUGGUAAACCUAGCUUUAAGUGGCUGGUUUUAACAUUUUAGCUUACUGUUUAGUAGCCAUAUCUACGGCUAAAAAGAGAAGAGGUUUUACAAUCGAGAUACAAUAGAUCUCCGAUUGUAAAACCUCUUCUAUGUUUAGUCAUAGAUAUGGCUACCUGUAGUUGUUUAGCUAACUUAGCUAUCUAGAUAGACUAGAUGGCUACCUACCUAGCUAGCUAGCUACCUAAGUUAGCAAAAAAUAAUUAGAUUUCCCCCCCACUGUAACACAGUACUAUGUUAGCCAGCAAUUCACAAUAUGGGUUUCAGUAGAUAAACUAAAGUUGGCUAGGUGGCUUGCAGGAAAAUAACUUACUUAGCUAGCCACAGUAUUUGUCAUCUGCCCUCUUGGUGCUGGCAUUGAUUGUAGCUGAGCUUCUAGCUAAAUCCAACUAUUUGUUUCGAAUCCUCUUCGCUAUAUUCCGGUUGAAAUGUAUGGUUGAAUGUCACCAUGUAGCUAAUAGAACAUCAAAUGCUCCAUUGUCGAAUUCAUGUUGAUGAGGAAUCGCUUGAAGCCAUGCUGGUCUGUUUUGUUCUUUCAGUUUUGCCCAAAGGAUUGUGUUGUUAGUGUCUGCCUCCCUUUCAAAAAUGCCUGCCUUGGGGGAGGGACGGGGCCAGAGCAUGAAGCACCGCCCAAUGCGAGUUGUAGUCUUUCAAAGACUGGAAAAAAUGUGCCAGCUUGUAUAUUUAGCAAUGAAUCCGCCGAUAGGAACAUCACUGAAAGAAGUCCAAUGGUUCUAUCAAACAAGGACAACCAUAUCUACACUCACAAAAACGUAUACUAAGAUCAGUAUAACAUAGAGCUUUCACGAAAUGCCACAAAGCAGGACUACAUUUAUUUUCAGAUCCCCCCCUUAAUACACCGGAAGCCGUCAUAGGGUACAUCAUUUAGUGCGCGAAGCCCAGACCUGCCUACCUUCUGGGCAAUUAUGUGUGAAACACAUCUCACUGACCUAGAAAUGCCUUGGACAUGAUGAAAACAAGCCAAGAUUCCCCCAGGGUUAUUUUCCCCUUUAAGGUUAAAGGUUGAGCUCAUCGCUAGCUGGCCACCCUGAAAAUAACUUUAACAUGGUGUUCUAUAGGAUUAGGGUUGGACCUAUCUCGUGUACAUGGCAAUUAUGUCCGUUCUACCAUGACCAUUUAGUGACACUAGUCAAGCUAUUCAUUCAUUCCAGCCGAACAUCGUUCGAGGGCUGCAACUGCAUAGCCCUGACCUACGUCUCCUCCCUUGCCCAACUUCAGGUUAUUAAUAAAUUAAUCUUAUCCUUAAAUGUUAAUCUUCUCACAGCUUUCUAAUCUGUCUUUGACCUCCUAUGUCAUCUCACCAGCUCGCUCCCUGGGUUCGGUGGCCCUGAGGAAAGCUGAGGCACUGGAAGGAGGGGUCCACCUCAACGUGUUCACCAUCGACUUCAACGAGGAGCUUGUGGCCCUGUACGGAGGCAGCCUGCUCCGGCAGACCCACUUUAUACAUGAGAGCAUCAAGGCCAUCCUGCGCCUCUACAAGGUAUAUUAUAUAAGAAAAUAUUAUAUGAGCUCUCUCAAAAACAUCAGAUCUAUAAAUGUUAACCAAAAGUGGCUAACAACUGACUUACACCCAAGCCCAAAUCAACCCCUACCCCCUAGGCACUUGUCUGAGAUGGCAGGUGGAGUUUUUGCCAUAUUGCUUAUACUAUCCAAUCCUCUCAGAUAAACACAAGUGCCUAGGGUGCUAAGGAUCAAUUUGGGAUUGGCCAUUAGACUGAUAAACCAAAGCCCCAUACCUACCUCUUUCUCCGCAGGACCAUGAAGCCCCCCCUCAUAGUGUGGUGUUGGUGGGUCACUCCAUGGGGGGAGUGGUGGCCCGAGCCCUCUUCACCCUGCCCCGCUUCAGCCCUCGCCUUGUCAGCCUCAUCAUCACCCAGGCCUCCCCUCACCAGGCUCCUGUGCUGUCCCUCGACACAUACCUACUGGGUAUGGCGCACACACACUAAGGCUUACAAAGUAUAGUAACCUCCAGCACUGUGAUCUGUCUGUGUUAAAGUCUUCUCCUCUCCUCUCUCCUUUCUACUCUGUGUGUGUAGAGUUCUACUCUGCUGUGAGACAGCGCUGGGUGGGUCGAGCGGAAGACCUGCGCAACGUGACAGUUCUCUCCGUGGGGGGUGGUUACCGUGACUACCAGGUGCGCUCCGGCCUCACGGCCCUGCCCUGCCCCCAGGACGACCCAAGCAAGCUGUCUCUAGUGGUAAGACUCAACAAAGUCAAAGUUACUCCUGCGUACACAUUUGUUUUAUCUGAACAUUUAUUUUGUUGACGUUUCGGUCAAAUCGAGCCUUGUGAACUGCUGUAAGCUUUGUAACUGUUCUAUCACUUGAGCAUAAUUGUCCACUCAAACGCUUUAAAUUGAUAAGAUAAGAUGUACUUUAUUGUCUAUUAACUUACAGAGAACAUAAAUGUGUAUUUUAUGCUUCCAACCCGAGAUACACACACACACACACCCGAAGAGGCUGGAAGCAAUGGGUCAGCUGCAGUGCAGCGCCCCUAACCACUAGACUACCUCCCGCCCCAUUAGUUAACCACAUGCCAAAUAACAAUAUACACUGAGUAUACUAAACAUUAGGAAGACCUUCCUAAUAUUGAGUUGCACCCCCCCCCUUGCCCUCAGAACAGCAUCAAUUCAUCGGGGCAUGGACUCUACAAGGUGUCGAAAGCGUUCCACAGGGAUGCUGGCCCAUGUUGACUCCAAUGCUUCCCACAGUUGUAUCAAGUUGGCUGGAUGUCCUUUGGGUGUUUGGACCAUUCUUGAUACACAUGGGAAACUGUUGCGCAUGAAAAACCCAGCAGUGUUGCAGUUCUUGACGGUGCGCCUGGCAACUACUACCAUACCCAAUUCAAAGGCACUUACAUCUUUUGUCUUUCCCAUUCACCCUCUGAGUGGCACACAUACACAAUCUAUGUCUCAAGGCUUAAAAAUCCUUCUUUAACCUGUCUCCUCCCCUUCAGCUACACUGAUUUGAAGUGGAUUUAACAAGUGAUAUCAAUAAGGGAUCAUAGCAUUCACCUGGUCGGUCAGUUUUUUACACUCAGUGUACAUUUCAUUCUGAUAGCCCAGAUUAAUUUAGACGGCCUCAAGUCCUUCAGCCUGGCAUUCAAUUUCAAUCUGAUAGUGUUAAUAUACUUUCUGUUUUUCUUUUAUGAAGGUUACUGCUGUUCCAAGGACCUGGGUGUCCACGGACCACCUGUCCAUUGUUUGGUAAGUAGAGGAAUUCGAUUUAGAGCUUGUUGAUGUGAUCUCCAGACCCUCUUACAUAAAUAUGCAAGUCAUUUACUUAUUGUGUUUGUUUUCCAGGUGCAAAGAGCUGGUUUUGGCCACUGUGCGGGCAUUCUUUGACCUCAUUGAACCUGAAACUGGACAGGUGAGUAUCACACUGACUCACUAGACUGGAAACCAGGCAGGGCCUCCUUGAAUCAUCUCUAACAAACACAGGAAAGGCAACAUUCUGUGAAUUUGCUUCCAACUAUCCAGUUAUUUUGCAUCAGUAGCUAGGUUUCCAUCCAAUUGGCGACAGGUUUUCAUUUGAAAAUUGGUGUGUUUUUGACGAAACAGACAAAAUCUGUGCGUAAUGAAGUAGUGCAAAAAAAAGUAAUUUUUCGCUCAAGUUUUCAUGUACCGAAGAAAAAUCUAAAGUUCAAUGUGUUUCCAUUGCAUUUUCAACUCUACUGAUAGUUUUGUAACAAAAUAGCAAAUAUGCAUACUCUUGUCUUGGCACGUGUGCUGUAGCCAACAACAGCUUGCACAUACAGUGUGGGUAGGCUAGUUUACAUGAUGAGAUAAUUCUGGAUAAGCGCAAUGAUAUUUUUAGUUGUCAAACAGCAGUCAAGCAUUGAUCAUCAUGUCACCAGAAUAAGACUCUCGAUAUUUAUUGGAAAGGAGCAUUAAACUCAUCUCUGUGCACUUUCACCACCCUGUGAAGUUCAUCGGCCCUCCUGUAGCUCAGUGGGUAGAGCAUGGCGCUUGCAACGCCAGGGUUGUGGGUUCGUUUCCCACGGGGGGGGGGGGGGGGCAGUAUGGAAAAUGUAUGCACUCACUAACUGUAAGUCGCUCUGGAUAAGAGCGUCUGCUAAAUGACUAAAAUGUAAAUGUAAUCUUUAGUCUAAACUGCAUGGUUUCCCAAGUCCUAGUGGGAGGACCACACACAUUUUUUACAUUUACAUUUUAGUCAUUUAGCAGACGCUCUUAUCCAGAGCGACUUACAUGAGCACUUAGGGUUAAGUGCCUUGCUCAAGGGCACAUCGACAGAUUUUUCACCUAGUCGGCUCAGGGAUUAGAACCAGCGACCUUUCGGUUACUGGCACAACGCUCUUAACCACUAAGCUACCUGCCACACCAUAUCAUUGCGUGACUCCAAGUUUACUUCGAUAUGAUGGUUAUUAUAUCUAUAUUUGCAUAAAGAGGUUUCCACCACCAUUUCUCACAUAAUUCAUUUUACUGACGCAAAAGGAACCCACCAUGUCGAACGAACAAAUUAUAUCUCUGCAUUUAUAAAAAUGUUACAGAAAUGUCCUAUUUCCAUCACAGCUGUCGUGAUUUUAAAAAAUACCGUAUGACUUUACUCGCAUAAAAACUGGAUGGAAACGUGGUUAUAGCAGAUGAAUGAGAGGAGACCAAGCGAAAGCCUCUGUAGACUAGAUGUACACCAGGAUUGUGGCUCAGUUAAUCUUAGUGUAUAGCUUACUUCCCUAAUUGAUCUGAGAAGAGUUUGAUAGGUGAAAUAAUUAGUCUAGAAUCUUGCCCAGUCUUUUCAACUCUAAGAGGCUGUGAAGGGAAGAGAAUUGGAACUCUGUCUGUCCAUUUGAAGUUGGUAAGUACCUUAUAUCGAUGUGUCUUUUUUACCAGUUUUCAGACGAUCCAAAGAGGAGAAUGGCCAUUCUGAACCAUCAUUUUAUCAGACACCCUGUACGUGUGCUGGGUGAGCAGCUAGAGAUGCCCAUCUCCCUCUCAGGUCAGUGGGUUACAGUGCUACAGUGUGUGUUUUGUAGAAGGGCUGAACUGUGUGACUGUAUGUCACCUUUUAGGCUGUGUGUCCUUUACGGUACAUGUGUUUUACUGGAUGUGUGACCACUCUCCUAUUUAUCACAUUCUCCAGGGUCUCCUGAAACGUGGACCGAGGUGAACACACUCCGUCUGGCGUACAGUGCUCCCAAAGUAAGCCUACACCUUUACCACCAGGGCUGAGGACCAUUUUGGUCCAUAGACCCUUCACAUAGCUCCUAUCACUUUGGUCUUCACAGACCUAAAAUAACUGGAUAGGUGUAAUCAAUGUGAUGAUUGCACCACUUAGUCUUCCAGUAGGCUAAAUUGCGCUUCUGGACCUAGAUGGAGCUGGACCUUGAUGAUAGACACAUAACAUACUUUACAGAUCCAUGCCUUCUGAAAAUAUGACUGAGUUAUUGUUCCUUUGCUCUCUGCAGGAAGGACAAGCCAAGUAUUUCCUGUUUGCCCUCUCCAGUCGCAGGAAAGCCUACAGCCACUUCUACUGUCGCAGCAACAACCUGGUGAGACUGAGAUGGCAGCUCUGCUGCUUGGGAUUCAAACCAGUAUACAAUAUAUGCUCUUAUGAUAACACUGGCGCUUCCUACUGGUUAUGAAUCCCUCUUCUGCCACCAUUUGUAACAAAUAUUAGAAAUGUAAGACUUAUGAAGUGAGUAAGUCUGCAAGUUGAGAACACAGUAUAAGGUGAAUCUUGCGAGCAGUAGAAUGUAAUUUGUGAGACUACCGAGCCAAUGUUUGUAGUCUCUCCAACAGGAAAUGACUAGCUGGGUUUACGGUUGUACACAGAUGAACGGAUCCAUGUGGUGAGUAGGGGUGUGAAUAAGUUGGGAUCCUUAACGUUAAGAAAAAACCCUAACUGAAAACUUUUUUUGUUGUUGUCCCCCCCCCCCCCCCCCCCACAGUGCAGUUAUCACAAAACAUGAUCUUCUGUGUUAUAGCCUAACUAGACAGUAGGCUAUAAAGGCCUGGAAGAAGUUGUGUAAUUUAAUUCAAACCAGAGAGCAAACUUUAGGCUACUUUGGUGAAUUUGCGAGGCAUGCAUGACAAUACAUUGCAAGAUACAGAUUACCAAGACAUUCUUUCUGCCUGCUCCUCCUCUUUCCCUCGUGGUGACUCGCCUGCUCUUGCUCUUCUCAAAUGAUGCGAGUGUGUGUGUGUUCAGUCUUCGGUCUGUUGCGUGUAGAAUAUCCUAGCCUAUUCAUUGAUGAUAGGCUCUGCUUUACUGAAGUUGCGAGACAUUGUAAGCCAAGAAUUUGCAAGAUGCAGCAUUCCAUUGCGAGAUGCAGCUUUUGAUUGUCGGUAGACAGAGUCAGAGACGCGCACUAUGCCUGUCUGCCAGGUGGCCGACCUGCCUAUACUGGGCCCCUCCCCUCUCUUCGUCCCUCGCUAGCUAGCUCGUUAAGAAAGAUGUGAGUGUUGUUUUCUCUGAAGUACAGCAACUAAUCAGUCUCUUCCGUUCCAAAAAUACUGAAUCUUGAUACUCAGAAAUGGGAGUCGACGGGCAAGGACUUGAGGAAUCAAUUAUUUUUGUGUCGGCUCUCCACCGCUACAUCAUCGUCAAUAACUUUGGAAAAUGGCAGAGAAAGGCUUGCAAACGCAGUGAAAUGAAAUGGGAAGGAAAUGCAAACUUUGUGGUGAAAUUGAGGUACAGUAAUGGUAGUACAGGUGCAAUGGUUAACCAGCUGAAAGGGACGCACCGUGAUACCCAAACCGUUGCUGGCAGCAGCGCAGCUGCAUUGUGAAUUCACGUGGAAUGUUCUGAAUUUUUCUUAUCGUUUGAACAGAAAACUGAUAAAAUGGCUGUUUAGAUUUUUUGUCAGACAUACUCUUUCUAUUUGUCUCGCUCCUGCUUGCUCUUUCUGACAGACCAUUCUCUCUCUCUCUCUCUCUCUCUCUCUCUCUCUUUCGUUGCCGUCUCUGACUGUACUCUUCUUUCCCCAGUGUGCAGGCAGUGGAUCUGUCUUUGGGAACCGAAAUUCUCCCAGCUUUCAAGGUAAGCGUUAACUUCCCAUAUUUACACCAUCACUGAAUAUUAGGGCUUAGUCAGUUCUCUGUUUUUGAUUUCUCUGUUUCUUGUGUUGUGAAAUGCACUUUAAAUAAAUUGGGACAUGACUUGACACUGCACUCAAACCGUGUAGACCAAAAAUAAAUAAGUGUGUAUAAUAAUUAAGUGUAGAUCAAAAUAAAUCUUCAGAACAGUUGCUUCACUGGUCUCUGUUUGUCUGUCCCUCUCCCCCCAGGUUCUGACUCUGAGCCUCAGUGAGCUGUCCUCUGUCUCUCACCUCAUUGUGGUUGCCUCCAACCUCAAUGGUAGACAGGUACACUGUGUGCACUUAAGCCAAAGCACUGUUUCAUUCUUAAACACAACUUUACAUUUUGAUAGCACUUAUGUGCCCUAGUUAUUAACAAAUACAGAUAAAAGUAGAGAAACACUAUUUUCCAUAAGGUGUAGUCACAAUAUAAAUAAAUCAACUACAUUUAUCUCAGUGGUAGCGCCAUCCAUAUUCAUAAAUGUGAAGAGAAGUAGAGAAACUCUUGUAGUACUAUUCAUGUGUGUAUCUCCUCUACUCUGUGUCCCACAGUUUAAAGUGGAGUGUGAGUGGCAGAGACAGGAGUCUCAGACCAUCUCUGUGCCGGUACCACACGUUCUCUCCUUUGGUGAGUUCACCUUUUCUCUAAUUCCUCCCUGUAGAAGCAAAUAUAUUUGCACCUUUAUCUAUUAAGUCUGGUUUGUCUGUAAAUAUGCCCAGUUUAUUUUGCAAAGCUAGUUAAUUAGGUAUACUGAAUUUGUUGACGUUUCUCAUUCGGUGGGCAACACUGGCUCCCUAUGGUUGAACUCUGUGGGUCCUCGCUCGUUCAGGCAUGAGUGUUAGUGACGUCACUCUCAACUCCACUGGACUUCGGCACACCAUUGAGCUGCAGCACUUUCAUCAGGUAAGUCCAUCUGAAUUGUAUAUUUCUCUAAUAAGUUUGGUCAAGUAAUUAUCCACUACUUGCAUUCUAUCAGGAGGCUGAAUAACUUACGUACAGUACAGGCAGAACAAGACAGAGGUAUUUGGCCUUAUACUUACUGACCACUGUAUCCUCAGGUCUAUCAGGCUUUCAGAAUUUCAGUCGUAAGCCACUGCAAAGUAACCAAAGCAGGUAAGCAGACGUCUACGGUUUUGCAGCAGCACAUUUUUUAUCAACUGAUGUGGUGCGUGUUUGUGAGUUUGGUUAACAGCUGCUCUUAAUCAUCUUUCAUUUAUGAUUUUGGUAAUUGUUUAAAAUGCAAAAGUACCAGUAAUGUUGGACUGUCUCUAUGUACAGACAGACUACCCAAUGUCUACAUAAUGAAGGUGCCAUGGUUUAGGGAAGACUCCGUUACCACGUCCAGGUAAGAGCUUACCACCUGUCCGUCCAUCUGUCUGUCUGUCCAAUCCUAUGACAUUUGGCUAUUUUUAAAUCUAAUAUAUUUACCAGUAACCCAAUGGAAAACUGUUAUUUAUUUGGUCUAUCCCUGCAUCUCUCUCAGUAUUCCCUCUGUAACAGAGAUAUCGGGCAUGCUCCACACGAGUCGUCCUGACAACACUGCUGGUGUCCUGCUGCAGCUCCACACUGCCCCCAACUGCCACUAUAAGGUACUGCCCACAGAAUUAAAUGGGAUACUUUUGUUUUUCUAUAUGUUAUCUCUACAUGGUCUUGCCCAUUAAUGUGAGGCAUUACACCAUGAUACAGGCUUCAGGCUGAAUCACGUUUGGUUUUUAGUUUAAAAAAAAAAAUGUUUUAUUAAACUUCUCUUUUUCUCCAAGACUGGCUGAAUCUCUCUCUUUCUCAUCCCUCCCUCUCCAGGUAUCUGUGAGAACAUCAUUUCCCAGAGUGCUUGGACAGGUAAGACCUAUACUCUCUACUGUUGUGCUCAGCUCUCACCCUUACACACAGAGUUAUGAGUGUUGUAGUAGUCCAGGGUAAUUUAUCCUUGUGUGAAAUAGACAAGUUAGCUUAAUUCAAACACACCAAUAUUACUAAUUAGCUAACUAACUUUCUACCCUGAUGUCCUUUAGGUGCUGAGGUUCUGUGGGCCCGUGUUGCCUGUGUAUGUGGCUGUAGCGCUCCUACUGGCCUGUGGGGGGCAGAUGUCCUCUGUCGUGAGGAUGGGGCGCCCCCUACAGAUGAGCCAUGCCGUGGCCAGAUCCCUGCAGCCCCACAAGGUGGACCUUCCCGUCUACCUGCUGCAUCUGCUGCUCAGGUAGACCUAUUAUUCCAUCAAGCAUGCAUGUGUGUGCACCAGUGGAGGCUGCUGAGGGGAGGACGGCUCACAAUAAUGGCUGGAACGCAAAUGGAAUGGCAUCAAACACAUGGAAACCGUGUAUUUGAUGUUAUUGAUACCUUUCGCUCCAGCCAUUACCACGUGCCAGUCCUCCCCAAUUAAGUUGCCACCAACCUCCUGUGGUGUGCACACACACACACAUGCACACAGACACACUGUGAAUGACCACUCGUAUUACAUGAAACCACACCACACCAUACAAAGUCCCUCUAUCCUCCUUCAUUCCUCUAUUUGUAUCCAGGUAUAGCUGGUUCCAGGAUGGUUGGUCCACUCUUCAUCUCCCGCCCUUAGAUGCUCUCCCUGCCACCUCCCCAGAUGGUACGACACAGGAGGGGGUGCCCCUAAACGUAGACUGGCCACGCCUCCUGUCCCCCCUGCUGUAUGUUUUGGGAGCGGCCAUGGCCUUCUGGGGCAGCGCGCUGCUCCGCCUCUUUCUACAGCUGCUUUCGUUGCUAUUGGCCCCGCUGCACAGGUAAUGAAUGCCCAUUCCCCUCAUGCAUUAGAUUGAACUACAUGGAAUUGGAAUUAGUUGAGUCUAGUGUGUGUGUGUGUGUGUGUGAGAAUACAUUUAAUUGAAUUGAAAUUAGUUGAAUCGUGUUGUGUGUGUCUGCUUUCAGGCCCUCUGUGUCUCGGGACUGUGGCACCCUGCGUAGGCGGACUCAGCUGCUCCUCAUCCUGUGUCUGAGCGUGUUAGGAGGUGCUUCCUGUGGAGCCCUGUCAAUCACAGCCACCUUCCUGCUCCAUCUCUACCGAGUGAGUCUAGGGGCCCAGUUAAAUACUUACUCAUUGAACUUGUUAGUUUUCCUGUGGUUUACCAAUGUAUGCCUAUGUUUCUAUCCAGGUUCUGAGGCUACAGAUGACAGAGAGGUCUCUGAGUCAUAUGCUGAACCUGGUAAGAUUCAGAAUUAUUGCCCUCUCUAAAAUGCCCUCUCAAUCUUCAUAUAUUGAUUAUAAUCACCACUACCUUUCCAGGCGCCCGAGAAACAGAGAGACAAAGAGAACGGAACUGGUAACAAAGAGAAUGGCACUGGGGACAGUGAGGCCCUGGACGGCAAACCCAAAGAAUGUAAGGGCGCCCCCCUGCUGUCGGACUCAGUACUGCAAGAUGUGAGAGACGACCUGCAGCUGCACGUCAGCCUGUCUGCUCUCCUCACUCUACCAGUCAUGCUCUGUGCCCCAUCACUGAUCCACUGGACCCGCAACCUCAGGUACUAGAGUGUGUGUGUGUGUGUGUUCAACCCUUACCUUGUCCACCCUAACUCUACCGUGUGUGUGUCCAUGUGUAGAACUGUGAUCCCCCCCCCCCCCCCCCCCCUUCCUUUAAUUGUGUUUUCUCUUUGCAGAUAUUCUGCUGCUCGUUUGGAUCCUGACCCUUGCUGGCCACACACCGUGCCUCUCCUCAUCGCCUCUCUGCUGCUCAUCAACUGCAACACACUCACUCUCAGCCACAGGUGCUUGUACUAUGCUGCUCGGUCGGUCUCACACAUGCGCACACACACAUCCUUUCUGUCUGUCUUCACUCCUGUCCUUUCACCCAGGCGUGCGUUUUAACUUGUGUAUAACGCUCUUGUGUUUCAGUAAAACCCUGCCCAUCACAUCCCGCCUACUGCUGCCUCUCUCCGUUGCCAUGGUGACCUUCUCCCCACUCCAUCUAUACCGCGUAAACUACUUUGUGUCUGCAGCCCUGGUUCCGCUGGCUGUUUCCUGUCUCUUCUGA